UUGACGAGACUGGCCGAGCCGCGAGAUGAAGGCGAUUUUCAAUGUCCGCGCCACCGCCAACGGCAAGCCUGCGCUGGACGACGUCCGCGUCAUCGAACCGAGACCAUCGAGGACAAAGCAACCUCCUACAACAGGGGUGAUGCGAGCGGCUCAGCCCGGCGGCGUGGCAGCGACAUGUACCCUUGGUACCGGGACGCUGGACACCUCGGACAGUUCAACCCGCCAGACCAUGCCGGCCGCCAUCAAGACCGAGAGCGGCUACAACGACUGCAUGCUCGCCCUCGACUACGCCGCCCAGUCAAAGGUCGACGUGGUAGCUUCUGCGCAGGCUCGGAAGGCCACCGGGCAUGCGCAGAAGCUGCUGAAGAGUCGGUUUUACGCGCAGAGCCAUUUUAUCCUCAUCACCAAACUGGUCCUCACUGGGACGGCGAGCAGCUGGGGUGGCUUCGGAGCAUCCGCGUUGGACGGGCAGACGGCGCAGUUGACACUGGACGGCCAGUACUCGUGCGAGGCGCGCAGUGUAUAG